UCAUCGGGAAUCAGUCAGCUUCGAUUGUCCUUUUGGAUGUCUCGCUUGUCCAGUCGAUACGAACUAAGAUAAUAAUAAAAAAAAAAAGAAAUAACUGGGAGAGGGGGAGAAAGAGUAUUGUUACGACUACAGGAAAACAAAAUGGAUUCCCACUGCCGCAAGCUUUCCACUUGUGUCCAAAUAGAGAGAGAAAAAACUCAGAGCAAAAACGACGACGCUUCGGAUGAUCCAUCAAAAAAGAAACGGCAGCGACGACAGAGGACCCACUUUACUAGCCAGCAAUUACAAGAACUGGAGGCCACGUUCCAGAGAAAUCGCUAUCCGGACAUGUCCACAAGAGAGGAAAUAGCCGUGUGGACCAACCUCACGGAGGCCAGAGUCAGGGUUUGGUUCAAGAACCGCCGGGCAAAAUGGAGGAAACGAGAAAGAAACCAGCAGACCGAACUGUGUAAGAACGGCUUCGGUCCUCAGUUCAAUGGACUCAUGCAGCCGUACGACGACAUGUACUCCAGCUACACAUACAACAACUGGGCCGCCAAGGGGCUGACGUCGGCCUCCCUGUCUACCAAAAGCUUUCCCUUCUUCAAUUCCAUGAAUGUUAACCCGCUGUCGUCGCAGACGAUGUUCUCCCCACCGAACUCCAUCUCCUCCAUGAGCAUGUCCUCUAGCAUGGUGCCUUCCGCCGUGACGGGCGUCCCCAGCUCCGGGCUCAACAGCCUCAACAACUUGAACAAUCUCAGCAACCCGUCUCUGAAUUCGGGUGUUCCGACGCCGGCCUGUCCGUAUGCGUCCCCGACUCCUCCAUACGUUUACCGGGACACGUGUAACUCUAGCCUGGCCAGCCUGCGGCUGAAGGCCAAGCAGCACUCGAGUUUUGGAUACGUCCAGAACCCGGCCUCCAAUCUCAGCGCCUGCCAGUAUGCGGUGGACAGACCGGUGUGAAAAUCUGGGAAUUCUAAAAUGCGGUUCACAAACGAGCGGAGCCUACCAAAUCCUUUUUCUUUUUCUUUUUUUUUUCUGUCUCAGAAGGCACUACAAGACUGCACACAGCUUAAAGGAGAGAGCGCA